AAAAGAAAAGAAAAAAUUAAGCCAAAAAUAUCAUUCCAUAUAAGUCUUCCUUUUUGUUUGACAAAAAAGGCCAAACAAGAAGGAAAAAAAACACUAGUAGUAUAGCUGGCUGUUUGUCUAUGGAUUUCAUAGCCCCCCUUCACCAAAUUCACGAUAUUGACGACUCCGAAUCCGCCGCCGCCGCCGGCACUCCGACCUCAGUCGUGGUGGGCGGCGUCCAGGAGGAGGCGCCGGUCCUGAGCCGGUACGAGAACCAGAAGCGCCGCGACUGGAACACGUUCUGCCAGUACCUCCGCAACCACCGGCCGCCGCUGUCCCUGCCCAUGUGCAGCGGGGCCCACGUGCUGGAGUUCCUCCGGUACUUGGACCAGUUCGGGAAGACUAAGGUCCACAACCACAACUGCCCCUUCUUCGGGAUGCCCAACCCUCCGGCGCCGUGUCCCUGCCCGCUCAGACAGGCCUGGGGCAGCCUCGACGCGCUCAUCGGCCGCCUACGCGCCGCCUACGAGGAGCACGGCGGCAAGCCCGAGUCCAACCCCUUCGGCGCCCGCGCCGUCCGCCUCUUCCUCCGCGACGUCCGUGAUUUCCAGUCCAAGUCUCGAGGGGUCAGCUACGAGAAGAAGCGGAAGAGGCCCGCCUCCGCCGCCGCGGGUAAGCGUAGUUUAGCGGCCGAUCAGCUCCCCCCGGCGAGUAAUCCCGCCGCCGUGCCUUUCUAUGUGCACUCCUCUAGUAACUUACUGCAGUAAAUCUUUUUUAAAAAAAUAACUUUGCUUUAUGCAAUUCGAUAAUUCCUCUUAAUUACGAGUAUAUUUUUAUUACUCUAGUUCGGAUCCGCCAUCAAUGUUUUAAGAAAAUGACAAUUAGGGU